UUAAAUAGUAUUUUUGUGGAAUCUGAACAAACAUUAUUUCGUAACGGCGCCUGGUUUUUGGGAAAGUGUGUAAGACAAGACUGCAGCUAAGAAAGAAAUUGGUAUACCAAAAAGUGUGCGAAUUCCAGCAUGAAAUCCAUCAGGUUACUAGCAUUAUUUCUAGCUUCAGGAUUCCUUUUCAGCAUUCGUGGAGAAAUCACCGGAGCAAUGUGGAAGGUGAAAAUGAAGGACUAUCGCUACACGCUACCAGGAUCAGUGCUGGUUUCUCUGAAGAUAUCGAGAAUUGCUUGCGGUAUGUUGUGUCACACCAGGCGAGAUUGCAUUUCUUUCAAUCACAACAAAGCAAGCACGGAGUGUGAAAUACUGAACACAGCCUUCCACAAACCAAGUGACACUACGUUGAUUGCAGCUCCUGGAUGGAACUACUACAACUUUUCGCCUCCAAGACCGCCUAAGAAUGCAAGUAAUUACUGUCCCACUGGAGGCAUCUAUGUUCAGUACGAGCAGCCUGUUUACAAAAGGUACAACUUCUCGAUUGAUGGUUUUGCCUGUUCGCCUCAUCCGUGGGUCAAAGACAGACACAACGAAGGAAAAACUUGCAAGAUGGUCAUUAUGUACGAUACAGACUUUGCGGGACAGGAUACUGCUUACUACGGGCGCCCUGGAACUUACUACGAAGCUUUUCGGCAGUGCAUGGCUUACAAUUGCAUCGGGAUGAUUUGCAGAAAAUAUUUAGACAUAUGUUGGUUGAAGCUCAAUUCACAACUCACGUCAGGAAGCAUAACCGGAGACUCGGUCGACCUUCUUUACUGGUACACUGUUUGCGAAUAGGUCAACCAUGGAAAUUAGAGCCUUUUCUUCUACAGGAUUCGCAUCAACUCUGCAAGACUAACUGCUGCUCUUGAUACUUCCCUGAAAGAUCAACGAGUUGUGUAUCACCAGAGUGAGAUUUUCAGUAAAUGAAAAAUAUUUGAUUUGAUUUUCUUGUUUAGACCCUCUUCUUUCACCUUCAAAAUUAACCUGCGAUAGAUGUGUUACGGGCGUCAGGAGAGGUUCGUUCAAGACUGUUAUGCCCUCCCAUUGUUUUAUAAAUUCAUCUCAUUGCAGUCAAUGCCGAGAUUGAACUUUACAUUCAGUGCUUACUUAUCUUUUAAUCGUCUCUUUUAUUUCCACGACGGAUGACAAUUACUCUAAUUCAUUCAUUUAUUGUCUCACAUAAAAAAGAAAGGAAAAUCGAGCUAGAAAUGUGCUUUCACAGUACUGAGGAAAUCCCCAGUGCCAAGUUGUAUAUUCAACCUUGAUUUGUAGUCCUGACUUCAUUGGUGACCAAGCUGACAUCAAGUCUUAUAUUCUUUCUUUUCAAGGUAUCUCGAUCUUUACCAGCUGCAUGAAAACAACAGAUCAUAUAAAGAAUAGCAAAUAACGUAUAAAAAAAGACCAGACUUUGAAAUUAAAUAAUAAAAAGGCAGUCUACUUUAUUAACUCCGGGAGCCUUGCCCAUGGGUAAGAGAUAAAUGUCCUUAAGACUGAUAUCAACUUGUGAAGGGAGGCUGUCGUGUCUCAUGCUAUAAACAAUAGGUGAGGGAACAAUGCUGGGCGAAGUGUAGUACUACCAGGGAAACCAUGAAAUCUCAGCGUCUCCAUUCCAGGUUGGGAACCUGGUAUUGUUCUGUUCUAACAACUUCGCUAUGC